AUUGCUGACCCUAAAAAAACAUAGCUGUGGGUUUUUGAAGUGUGAGGACGCUCUCACUUGCUCUGGCAAAACAAGUUCCUGUAAUUAAAUCGCUGGUGGGGUUACCUAAUGCUCCUGUGCAGUACCACAGGGGCGGGAAGAUGAUUGCUAAACCUGUCCUGGGAGUCCCUACAAGGAAGCUCUGGCAGUUUUCACAUAAGUAACACAGAGAAAAACCACUGUCACCAGACAGAGAUGGCACUUUUUGGAGAUUUUAACUUUUUCUGUUCCACCACCGUGCUGGCUGCUGCUGUUCUCUUGCUUGUUCUUUAUCUCGUAUCUGUCAGUUACAUUUCUAAGGAAAGGGGGAAGGAACCCCCAGGGCCGAGACCUCUGCCUCUGCUUGGCAACCUGUUGCAAAUUGACCUCAAGAGACCCUACAAAACUCUGUAUGAGCUUUCAAAGACAUAUGGGUCAGUAUUUACAGUUUAUUUAGGAACCAACAAAGUUGUGGUCUUGGCUGGGUACGAAGCAGUCAGAGAGGCACUGGUUAACUAUGCAGAGGAGUUUGGAGAGCGCAACAUCUCCCCGAUAUUUAAGGAUCUGAAUCGAGGUCAUGGAAUUUUGUUUGCAAACGGAGAAUCGUGGAAAGAGCUGAGACGUUUUGCCCUCACCACCCUGAAAAACUUUGGGAUGGGCAAAAGACUUUCUCAGGAUAAAAUCCUGGAGGAGUGUGGCUCCCUGAUUCAAGUGAUUGAAGAGCAUAAAGGAAAUGCUUUUGAUACAGCUCUUCCAAUAAAUUAUGCAACAGCCAACAUUAUCUCCUCUAUUGUGUACGGUACCAGAUUUGACUACGGUGACCCUGUAUUCAAAAGGAUGGUGAAACGAGCCAAUCAAACCAUAUGUGUCACAGGUUCUGCAUCAGUCCAGCUUUUUAACAUGUUUCCCCGGCUGUUCGGUUGGGUAAAAAACCGCCAGGUGGUGUUAAAAAAUGUUGAGAUGAAUGUCAGAGAUAUAAAGAAUUUAACUAAGCAUCUGAAAGACACUCUGGAGCCUGGACUGUGUCGAGGGCUUGUGGACUGUUUUCUGAUUCGGAAACAGAAAGAAGAAGACUCCUGUGUUUUGGAUACUCACUACAAUGAGGAGAACUUGACAUUCACAGUGAGCAACCUGUUUGCUGCUGGCACUGACACCACAGCAGCCACACUGAGAUGGGGUUUGCUGUUAAUGGCUAAAUACCCACACAUACAGGAGCAGGUCCACGAGGAGCUGAGCCGGGUAGUAGGGAGCCGUCAAGUUUGUAUAGAUGACCGGAAAAACCUGCCGUACACUGAUGCAGUCAUUCACGAGACUCAGAGACUGGCGAAUAUUGUCCCCAUGUCUCUUCCUCAUCAAACUAGCCAAGAUGUCACCUUCAAGGGAUACUUUAUCAAAAAAGGAACUAUUGUGUUUCCCCUUCUCACCUCUGUGCUGUAUGAUGAGAGUGAAUGGGAGAGCCCACGCACUUUUAACCCUUCACAUUUUCUGGACAAGAAUGGUCAAUUUGUCAAGAGAGAUGCCUUCAUGCCCUUUUCUGCAGGUCGCCGGGUGUGUCUCGGAGAAAGUCUGGCUAAGAUGGAGCUCUUCCUCUUCUUCACCUCCCUCAUUCAGCGCUUUCGUUUCACUCCUCCACCUGGAAUCACAGAGGAUGAACUGGAUCUCACACCAGCUGUGGGAUUCACCACCCCUCCUUCAUCUCAUAUGCUGUGUGCUGUCAGUCGCCAGUGAGAGACACAUGGAACUUGACAUUAUAGCGUUUACUUGUAACAAUAGCAUAAGCACUGUUUUGAUCAUUCUAACCCAACAGGAAACAGAUGUCAGCAUUCUGAACACCAGGCAAAGGCAGAUGUCAAGGGAACAGAUUUUUCUGACUACUUUUUGGUUUUACUCCCUACAGUUUCAAACAAAUAGCUGUACUUUCUACUUAUUAUGUUUCAAAACAGGCUCAUUACUUUGGCUGUAACGCAUUUGGGGGGAGUUAUUAUCUCAUCAUUGUGGACCUUUGUUUGUUUAUUAAUCACCAGUGGAUAAAAAAAGAUGACAUGUGUCAAAGUCAGGGAUUAAAAGUGAUUUUUGUAAGUGUCAGUAAAUUUCUAAUGCAACUUUCCUCUCAGCUCAACAAACAUCACAAACACACAAAGUGUUUGUGUGCAGUUUGUCUCAAAGUGUGUUGCUAGCUAAAGGUCCAGCUGCUGUAUUUCACACUGAGAGAACAGAAAGAGCCAACUUCACUCAGAGAUGGAGAAAGAUAAGAAAGACAGGACAGGAGAGGAAGAAGUGAGGUUAGAUUCAAAGGUAAGGACUGCUCAGCGGUAUCUGAUAAACUGGAAAUUUAAAGCUUACAUGGAAGUCAUGAUGUUUUUAAAUCAGAUGUACAUGUGACAUCAUGCUUUUUCAUGUUGUGAAACAUGCUGUGAAACAAACUGAGGUAGACUAACUUUAUUAUCUAAAGGUUGCAUGAAAACCUUGUUGCGGGUUAGUCCAGGAUAAACAGGUUAGUUUGUCCUGUGAAAAGUAAAGAACACACUGCUGUUUAAGAACAUUGUGUGACUGGUGCACAGUGGCUGUGGUUUCAUGGUCACAGUUGGGUUACAUCAAGUGUAGCAGAGAGUCAUCUGAAUUUUAGCUGAUGAUGCUGAGAUCCAUUCACCGAAUUCCACCUUCAUACCAACUUUAUACCAUCGGAAAAAAAGCCAGGAUAAA